AUGCUGGAAUUAGCAAAUUCAAAAAAAUUAUUGACAACAGUAAAUAACAAUAUUUUCAAAUUAAAUUUAAACGAAAAUGAAUGGAAAGAAAUUCAAGAAUUUUGUGAUUUUUUAAAACCAUUUUUUGAAUUCACUGAAGUAAUGUCUGGAAGUACAUAUCCAACAUCAGGAACAUUGAUUCUUUUAUUAGAUCAUUUAUCAGAACACUUAAAUGAAAUUUAUAAUUUUAGAAAUACACCAAAUUGGAUUAAAGAUAUUGCUGAAGCAAUGAUUACAAAAUUUAAUUCUAUAUCAGAAAAUCUUUAUAAUCCAACAGCUUAUUUGGCUUUAAUAUUAGAUCCUAGAUACAAAAUGCAAAUCCUUCCAAAUUCUGCAAAUAUUGAAACAUUAAAAGAAUUAAUUAGUAACAUAUUCGAUUUAUAUAAAGAUAGAGAAUAA